AUGUACGACGAUCAAGACGAAGAAAGAAUUUUGAGUAUCCUAAGCUCAGAAAUUGAAGACGAGAAAAUGGCGGCCGACGCGUGUGCUAGUCUUUUAAACCUCACUGUCAUGACGGACAGUAUUACGAAGUUUAGCGGCGACGAUAAAGCGCACACGGCGUCGAAAUGGGCGCAAGAUAUAGAAGAUAACUCAGAAAUCUUCAGCUGGACGGAGGCGCAGAAGCUCGUGGUGGCGCGUAGAUCCUUGGUGGGCACGGCGGCGUUAUGGUUGCAGUCCGAGAAAACCUUUAAGAAGUACGACGAGCUUAAGGCGGCAUUGCUUAAAGAGUUCCCGGAUGCAAUCAACACUAAGGAAAUGCACGAGCUUAUGGGCAACAGAAAGAAGAGAAGAGAAGAGUCUUACUAUCAAUACAUGCUCAUUAUGAAGGAGCACGGUAAGCGAGCUAAGUUUCCGGAUUACGUCGCGAUACAAUACAUCGUUGACGGCAUUACGGACUACGAACCUAAUAAAUCUAUAUUAUACGGGGCUACUACUUAUCCCGUACUCAAGAAGUUGCUUUUAUAUGAAAAAAUGAAAACUAAAACGAAGAAAGAAGACAAAGAAGCUAAACCUAAUAAGAUAGAAAAGGACACGAAGUAUAAUAGUUCAUCGUUAUCAUCAAGUCGAAAAAGGUGCUACAAAUGUGGUGAAGAAGAUCAUCUGGCGGUAACAUGUUCUAGAGGGGUGAAAUGCUAUUUUUGCAACGAUUUUGGUCAUAUAAGCAGAGAAUGUCCAUCGAAAUCCAAGGAACGCGGUGGCGGCGGCGGCGCCGGCGCGGCUGGCGGUGCGGAUUCGUCGGUAAAGCAGUCUCGCAUAAGCGGCGCGGGUGAGAAAGCGAGACAGCAAGCAUCUCCGUCGGUAAAGCAGUCUGCAGCGGUGGAUAUUCGUCGGCAGUCGGCCAUGUUUGGAAUACUGGCCAAUGAGGAGGCAGACGUCAACAUGGCGGAUGACAGCGUUGACAGUUACCGGCAUGAUGUAAACAUUGCGACUAAAGUUGACGAAUCGAAGACGAAAACUAAUAAGAAAAAGCCGAUGAAGUCAAUUAAUUUGUGCGGAGUGGAAAUACAGGCGUUAGUAGACUCUGGCAGUGGAUUCAAUUUGAUAAAUAAGGACUCGUUCCACGAACUUAAGGUGAAAAUGUGUGAUGAUGACUCUGUGUUUACCGGACUCGGUAUGAAGGAUAUAUUUCCUUACGGCAAGUUCUACGCUAAUAUGAUCAUCGACGAGACGUGCUAUGGUGACACAAUAUUUCAUGUUGUACCUAAUGAUUGUAUGCCGUAUAAAUGUAUUGUAGGUCGGGAAUUUCUUGACACUGUGACCAUGGUUAUGUGCAAAGGUUCCGUAAAGUUCUUGCCACUUGAGGAUGAGGGAUGGCUGGCGCGUCUGGAUUGUGUGUGUGAGGUAUUCACUGUUUCAGAUCACGUACGCGAUGGUACGGUAAGGGAAGAGGUCGAGCGUCUGGUCGUCGAAUACAACCCCGUGCAGACCAGAGAGGCGCCGAUCGAACUGAAGAUCAUUCUCAAAGAUGAUGUCCCAGUGGCGCAGCGUCCCAGAAGGCUUUCCAUCGUGGAGCAGAACAUUGUGGAGGAACAGGUUAAUGAGUGGAUGCAAAAAGGAAUUAUACAGCCCAGACGGAGCAAGAGGCGCUACUAAGGCUGCAACGGGUGUUGGAGGUUGCUGCAGAGUAUGGACUUGAAAUUAACUGGAAGAAGGCCAAGCUAAUAUGCCGAGAGAUUGAGUACCUAGGCCAUCUGGUUAAAGAAGGUCAAGUACAGCCAAGUCCAGAGAAGGUAGAAGCAGUAGCGCGAUACCCUGAGCCUGUGAAUGUCAAGCAGAUCCAAAGCUUCAUUGGAUUAACCUCAUAUUUCAGAAAGUAUAUAAGGGACUUUGCGCAGAUAGCAAGACCCUUAACGGAUAUUUUGAAAAAAGAUGCAAAGUUUACCUUUGGUCCUGAGCAGCAAGAAGCAUUCAAUAUUUUGAAACAGAAGUUAAUGAGUGAGCCAGUUCUCAAGAUUUUCAACCCGAAGCUUCAUACCGAACUUCACACUGAUGCGUCGAGCCAGGCUCUGGCAGGUAUACUUCUGCAGACCAGUGAAGAUGGAGAACUGCACCCUGUAUACUAUAGAAGUAGACAUACAAGUGAAGCUGAGAGCCGAUAUUCGAGCUAUGAGCUCGAAGCUCUAGCUAUAGUGGAGAGUGUGAGGAAGUUCCACCACUAUCUGUUCGGUAUACAUUUUAAGAUUGUGACAGAUUGUCAAGCUUUUGAGCUUACUUUGAAAAAGAAGGAGUUGACACCGAAAGUGGCAAGAUGGGUGUUACUACUGGACCAGUAUGACUAUGAGAUAGAGCAUCGAGCUGGUGCCAAGAUGCCGCACGCAGAUGCGCUUAGCAGGAAUCCAUAUGUGGCCACAGUAGUAAGCCUACAUGAGAAGAUUGGUCAAGCUCAAGAAAGAGAUGAAGAGCUCAAUGCCAUUAAACAGCUGAUUUUGAAAGAUGGGCAUUACAAUGACUAUUAUGUGGAAAAUG